UUGCGGCUCGCUGAAUGACGCUGGGUGGUGGGGGUAUGCACGGGGCUCGUGUCGUUGUUGCAGCCUGCGUGCUUUCGUCCAACAACCCAACCACACCACCCAUCUCCUACAAACACCAGCAUCUUUCCCGUUCCACCCGUGAAAGUCACGAAAGCACUGGAGCAGGCUGCGAACAAACCGCCCAGGCAUCACCUAGGGUGGCUUCUCUAAACGUAGCUUGUUCCAGACUCGGCCCCUUGGCAAAUUCCAACCAAGCAGACAAAAACCAUGUCGUCCCCGCCAAGAUACAGGAGCCCGCGCCUGCAGCGGCCGUCGACGUCGAGCUCUUCCACUCCCGGCGUGGGCGGCCUUGUCCAGAACUCGGCAGCAGGAGCGGCGGCGGCGGCGGCGGCGGCGGCGGCCUCACCGCCCAGCGCGCCCGAGGACGUCGCAGACGCGGACGCGGGCGCCACCAACGACGAGGACGGCGGCGGCGGCGGCGACGACAUACCGCUGACCAUGACGGCGUCGGUGAUGCUGAGCCAGCUGCCGCGCGACGCGACGGCGGCGCUGGCGGACGCGGGCGCCUUCCCGGCCGGCCUCAAGGUGGUGGUGCGCUUCAAGCCCGUGGGCGGGAGCGCGCCCGCGCUCCGGCAGGAGCUGAGCAAGAUCAGCGCGUCGCAGCGCUUCGACUCCGUGGUCCUGUACCUGCGCCGGAGGCUCCAGGUCGCGCCGACGGAGAGCGUGUUUCUGUACAUCAACUCGACCUUUGCGCCGGCGCUCGACGAGAUCGUCGGGAAUCUGCACCGGUGCUUCAAGGAUUCCAACGGCCAGCUCAAUGUUGCCUACUCCAUGACACCAGCUUUUGGAUGA